AUGGCCCUUGAUCGCUUUAUCCUCGUCCUGGGUUCCGGGCCGGGCAUUGGUGUUGGCGUCGCGACAUGUUUCGCAGAGAAAGGAUUCAACAAAGUUGCUCUCUUGUCCAGGAACGCGGAACGGCUGAAGGAGGACGCCACGGCGGUGUCGAAGGCGGCGCCGUCGGCCGAGGUGAAGACCUACACGGCCGAUCUCGCCGACAGCACAGGGCUCAAAGCCGUUCUGUCCGCCAUCGAGGCGGAGAACGGUCGUCCGGAAGUGGUGGUUUACAAUGCCAGCCACCUGACGAUGAGCAAGCUGGGCGAAUACAGCGAGGCCGAGAUAGAGACGGAUCUCAAAAUAUCGACCGUGUCGUUGUACACGACCGCGACCUGGGCGCUGCCGCUCCUUGUCUCGCUUUCUGCGGACCCGUCGAGAAAACCGAGUCUGCUCGUGACUUCGGGCGGCCUUUACAGGUACCCCCGUCCCGGCUACUUCAGCCUGGCUCUGAGCAAAGCGGCACAGCACAAUCUCACCAUGAGCAUGCACCAGGAAUAUGCUUCGAAGGGCGUCCAUGUCGCCGCAGUGCCUGUUGUGGGACGCGUAAGUCCUGAGAGCGAGCAUUUCAGUCCAAAAAGAAUCGCGGGGGUGUUUUGGGAUUUGUAUCAGCAGGGUGCAGAGAAGGGCGCAAAGGAGGCCUGGGUCACCACCCCUGAGCAUGAGAUGGCAGGCAAAUAAACAUGCCAGAGAAGCCUUCUGUUUUGCUAUAGGUCUAUCGGGUUCUGAGACGAAGAUUCCAGUUCUAGGGGUCGUUGAAUGGAAGGUAGCAGGAUACGGUUUGAAUGAUAAGGUCAUGAGACUUGAAAACAGAUAGUAGCAAGC